GGCAUUUCUGUUCCUCAUCUAAGUUCGGUUAAGAGUGUCGCUUCAUGAGCAGCCGCCUGCUCUUGCCCAAGGCCAGCCGUCAUUAGGGAACCGCAGUCAGGCUCCCGAGUCUUUCCCAGGCUUUGCCGUAAAGGUUUUUAAUCAUGCUCCGAGUAUUCAAACGCACAGGUGGUAGGUUUGAGAACCAUCUUUCAAGGUGGCAGCAUUAUCAUAAAUCUGUCCUGGCGAUCAGGAGGGAGGAUGUUAAUGCCUGGGAAAGAAGAGCCCCUCUAGCCCCUCGGCACGUCAAACUUUUAACCAACCUAGGAUACAAAGUUCUGGUGCAGCCGUCGAAUCGAAGGUCCAUCCAUGAAAAAGACUAUGUUAAAGCAGGUGGUAUUAUACAGGAAGACAUUUCAGAGGCCUGCCUGAUUGUGGGUGUGAAGAGGCCUCCAGAGGAUAAACUAAUUCCCAACAAGAACUACGCAUUCUUCUCUCAUACUAUUAAAGCUCAGGAGGCAAAUAUGUCCUUGCUGGAUGAGAUCCUAAGCAAGAACAUUCGAUUGAUAGAUUAUGAGAAAAUGGUGGAUCACAGAGGAAUACGCGUUGUCGCCUUUGGAAAGUGGGCUGGUGUCGCAGGUAUGAUCAAUAUUUUACAUGGGAUGGGAUUGCGAUUCCUUGCUCUGGGACAUCAUACUCCUUUCAUGCACAUUGGUAUGGCCCAUAAUUACAGAAACAGCAGCCAGGCUGUCCAAGCAGUUCGGGAUGCUGGCUAUGAAAUUUCUCUAGGCCUGAUGCCAAAAUCGAUUGGACCCAUAACAUUUGUGUUUACAGGCACUGGUAACGUCUCUAGGGGCGCCCAAGAAAUGUUUAAUGCACUCCCUUGUGAGUUUGUGGAGCCCCAUGAACUGAAGGAAGUCUCUAGAACUGGAGACCUCAGAAAAGUGUAUGGAACAGUGCUGAGUCGACAUCAUCAUCUUGUGAGGAAGACAGAUGGGGUGUAUGACCCCGUGGAAUAUGACAAGCAUCCAGAACUCUACACAUCUCGUUUUAAUACUGAUAUUGCACCUUACGCUACUUGUGUAAUCAAUGGAAUCUACUGGGAGCAACAUACCCCACGUUUGCUAAGCAGACAGGAUGCACAGAGGCUUCUGACACCUCUGCGACCUUCUGCUGCUGCUACUGAGGGAUGUCCUGAAUUGCCACACAAACUUGUUGCAAUAUGUGACAUCUCAGCAGAUACUGGAGGAUCUAUAGAAUUUGUGACGGAAUGUACAACAAUCGACAGCCCCUUCUGCAUGUACGAUGCUGAUCAGCAUAUUAUUCAUGACAGCGUGGAAGGAUCUGGGAUUUUGAUGUGUUCCAUUGACAACUUGCCAGCUCAGCUUCCUAUAGAAUCAACAGAAUGUUUUGGAGAUAUGCUUUUCCCCUACAUUGAAGAAAUGCUGCUAUCUGAAGCCUCAGAGCCACUUGAAAGCCAGAAUUACUCACCUGUAGUUAGAGACGCAGUGAUUGCAUCCAAUGGUUCAUUGACUGAAAAGUAUAAAUAUAUCCAGAAACUGAGGGAGAGCAGAGAGUACACCCAGUCACUGGCCAUGGAUAAAAAGAAGAAGAUCUUGAUACUUGGAUCUGGUUAUGUCUCUGGGCCUGUGAUAGAAUACCUCACGAGAGACCCAAACAUUGAAAUAACAGCAGUUUCUCCGUUGAGCCUUUAUCCUAGAACAGCAUCUGUCAUGAAGAAACAGCUUGAGGAAUUGACUAAGAAGUACAACAAUGUUGUUCCUGUUGUUGUGGAUGUCACUGAAGAUGAGGAUAGAUUAUUGUUCAUGGUGAGGAAGCACCAUCUUGUUAUCAGCUUGCUGCCUUAUUCAUUCCAUCCUUUGGUUAUGAAGAAAUGCAUUGACAGCAAGGUGAAUUUGGUUACUGCCAGUUAUCUGACACCUGCUAUGAAAGAGCUACAGGAAAGUGUAGAGGCAGCUGGCAUUACAGUGAUCAGUGAAAUGGGUUUGGAUCCUGGGCUUGAUCAUAUGUUGGCAAUGGAGUGUAUCGAUAAAGCAAAAGAAGUGGGUGCUGUGGUGGUAUCCUACACUUCCUUCUGUGGUGGCCUGCCUGCUCCAGAACAUUCUGACAAUCCUCUGAGAUAUAAAUUCAGCUGGAGUCCACAGGGAGUCCUGCUAAAUACAGUUCAACCUGCCACAUAUUUAAAAAAUGGAGAGAUUAUUAAUAUUCCAGCCGGAGGAGCUUUGCUUGAUUCUGUUACUGUCAUGGAUUUUUUCCCAGGAUUAAAUUUGGAAGGUUUUCCAAACAGGGACAGUACAAAAUAUGCUGAACCCUAUGGUAUUCAAUCAGCUCACACUCUCUUGAGAGGAACAUUACGAUACAGGGGUUAUUCUAAAGCCAUAGGAGGCUUUGUGAAAUUAGGACUAAUAAAUCCAGAACCAUGCCCUAUGCUGAGUGCGACAGCACCUUCUAUAAAAUGGAAAGAACUGAUAUGCAAACUACUUGGACUUAAGCAGUCUGCCAAACCUGAUGAUCUCCGAGACGCUGUCUAUAAUAAACUGAACAAGGAUGAAAGACAGCUGGAGGCGGUAGAAUGGCUAGGAUUGCUUGGAGAUGAACCCAUUCCUAUAGCAGACACUAUAGUGGGUGCACUGGCCAAGCACAUGGAGGCCAAGCUAUCCUAUGGCACUGGAGAGUGUGAUAUGAUAAUUAUGAGGAAUGAAAUAGGAAUCAGGCAUCCAUCUGGUCAUUUGGAAGACAAAUAUAUCAAUCUUGUGGUGUAUGGUGACGAUAAAGGAUAUUCUGCAAUGGCUAAAACUGUAGGAUACCCUACUGCAAUUGCAGCAAAGAUGGUUCUAGAUGGGGAGAUUAACACCAAAGGCAUGGUCAUCCCGUUAACAAAAAAUAUUUAUGGACCAAUACUUGAACGUGUUCGAGCUGAAGGCAUUAUGUACAGUACCCAGAGUGUUAUCAAGCAGUGAAGGAGACAUCUUCUUUUUUUCUUCAGCCUCCUGUUUUGUAUGAGCAGUUUGAAGCUUGAAAAUAGUUAUCCAUAGGCACUAUCCCUUGGGAGUCUUCUCUGUGCAAAGCCUAUUGAUAUGAAUGGCAGCUACACAACAGCAUGACUGUUCUCUUGUGUGCAGCUCCAGACUUUCAGUAAGGCUUCAACCAGGGAAAUUCCUGAUGGAUUGUGCCCUGUACCUUCUUUUAAAAAAAGACUGCAACUCACUUUUAUCUGGAAGUAAGUCCCAUUGACUUCAGUGGUUCUUACUGCUGACUAGAUUGCAUUGUAAAGGAAAUUUAUAAAGCUUUCAGGUGGGCAACAGGUAUUCAGUCAUAAGAUGAUAUAGUAUUUCCCUUCAAAACCAGAGGAUGUUGAUACAGAAUGCAGAGUUCUUCAAACAAUGCCAAAACAUUUUUAAUUGCAUCCUAAGUGCUGUAAUAGUGCUGAAUGUAGUGAGUUCAAGGAUCUCCUCAUGAGGUUUGUGAGUAUAGCUCAACCCUGGCAUCUCCACUUAAAGCAUCUUGGGAAGAAAGACUGGGAAGGACCAGUGCUUGAGAUUCUAUAGAGCUCCUUCCAGUCAGAGGACACAGUAAAAGACCACAAUGGUCUGAAAAUUGUUUCAUGGGAGGCAUAACCAUGGAAGCUGAUCUCUCUCAAGCCCUCUUCAGGCAUUCCAGUUAGGUGAAAGCAAACAUGGGGUGGUGGUAGGGGUGGAUGAGCCUGCUAGCUUUGCUUCCGUCUAAUGGAGGUGGGGAGCCUCCACAACUGCAAAAGUUCCCUGUUUCAGACCUUUACCUUCCAUAAACUGGAGGGUGGCAGGAAUGACAACAGAGAGGUUGGAGCUAGUAUGUUAUUCUCCAAUUUCUCCCCCUCAGGCGUUUACUUUAACCUAAUUAUAAUACCUGAAGAGAGCUUAUAUUAUUACCAAAAAGGGAAAGACUUUUUAAAUUUGCACUGUAAAAAAUCAUGUCAACAAUAUUUUUGUAUGUAUUGAGAGAAAACAUGAUUGUUUAAGACACUUUAGUAAUAUGUUUGACACGAGAGCUUGGAAAUAAUAUUCUGUAUACCUUAUGUAAAACUCACACUUUUGCAUUUGCCAAAUUUUGUAUUUUUUGAAAUCAUGUUUCAGUCUACUGGAUAAUAGAUUGGGAAGGUAGAGGAUUACACUGUGUAUGCUUGCCAACUGGAAUAUCUGUGAGUUCCUCUCUUUGGCAUAUCCUGUUAGACUAUUAUGAAAAGUCCUUUCUUGCUUUAUGCUUGGAAGGAACAGUAAUAGUUUAGAUGUAGAUUUUGUACUGUCCCUUUGAGAGAAACUCCACAGUGUUCUUGUUCUGUAACUGCCCUUCCAAUUUCACCCCAAACAACAAUUUGGGCAUUUGAGCAUACUGGGGUUGGUAAUUAUGUCAGCUCCCUUGCCUUAUACCCUACAUGUGAUUGUGACAUGCUGGACACAGCCAGACGUCCAAUGCAUUUUCCUCAAGAUUACUCUGGAAUGAGGAAAAGGUUAUUUUCCUCCAGCCCUGGUAGAAAUGAGGUGGUGAGUCCAUCUGCUUUGUCGUGUAUUCUUUGAAAGCAUAGGACAUGCAUGAAAUUCAGCAGAUGUCCUUCUUAUCAUACAGAAUUUGAAUUCUGAAACUGGUCAGUGGCUGUGUUUGCAUGUAAUCUAAACUAUUGUUUAGCAUUACGAUGAGCCACAGCAAGCCUUGGGCUUGCAUACACUCCCUUCCUCCAGUGCAAACCUGAAGAGGAGUUUGGAAGCUUUCAGUUCUGAUUCAGACUAACUCCAGUUUGCCAUGUUGUGCAAACCUAGACAAAAUGCUUAGUUUUAACUAUGGUUAUGAAGCUGACUUGUUUCACUAUAGUUAAGAUAAGCAACAGUUUAGGCUUCACAUGUAAAACUAAAUUGUAGGCGGGAAGAGAAUGUGAGCCCAAGACUCACUAUGGCUUGUCCUUCUAAAGCUAUACUGUGGCCAGUGUUUCAUGUCCAUAUCAAAACUAGGUAAUAAGAUUUCCCUUCUUCCAUACGCCCCUGCAUUUGUCAUACAUCUCCCUUGAGUGUGAAUUUCCAAAAAUAAUUUUCAGCUUUGAAUGGUCUCUUUAGUAAUUAGUUGAAAACUUAGAAUCUAGUUUUGUUACAAACAGUAGUUUCUUUUGGAGAAAUGUACCAAGAAAAUGAAUUAUAAACUGAAAUAACUGUUGUCAAAAACAUGCAGUAGUUGCCAAGAAGCAAUAGGAAAGUGAUAAGAGUAAAAAAGAGUCACUAGAGAAGAACAGUGAAAGUGUUUCAAUACUCUUUUUAUCUUUCCAAUAUUGUAUAAGAAUCAGGCGGCUGCCAGUCUAGAAAACUGUCACCACAUGAUAUCUGAAUGACGGGCAACCUGUGCCCCAGAGUCCUGUAACUUUCUUAAAAUAAAAAAGGUCUCUUUCAUUAAA